GGCAACACAUGCAUGAUUGGUGUCCACAUUAGUUAGUGGUGUAUGACCGUAGUACCUAUCACUACAUCGAAGUUUGUUCUCGCUAACACUUCUCGAAAAUGUCCUCCACUGAAAGCCAAUUAGAACAAAGUUUAGGAAGACUUCAGAUCCCAGAGUCCGGCUCGCAGGAAACGUCUACCACAGUCCAGGCGCAAUGGGUGCCCUCUAAAUACAGCUCAGACGUAUCUCAGUACGUUCUCGUGAGACCUCCCCGGGCUCCUUGCGGCAAUCGUUGGCUGUUUGGGUUUCCUAUAGUCAAGAGGGAACUUUGGAACAUAGCGACCAUUGCUUUCAAACAUAUCCAGCCAGACAAAACUUUACCAGACAACAAUGCCUUCAUCGCCAUGAAUUCCCUUACAUUUCUCGAGGUAUAUCUUGGUCUUCGCGUUUGUACUAUGGCACGUGGAAAGGUGGUCGGAGACUCGGAGAAUAUUCCAGCGGAGUGUAUGUCGUCGCCGGAAAAGGUGCUGUUGUUAGUAUUGUGGAGGGAUACAGAACCUGAGGCGACGUGUCCAACGCCAAGUCAAGUGCAUUCCCUGGAGGUGAAGCUUAAGCGCUCACCAGGAUGGUGGGUGGAAGUCCCACAAUUUUGAUGAAAAAAAACAAUUCCGCCAUCGUUCCAUGACUGGCUGUGUCGCCUAAGUACCCCAUUUCUACCAAUUCAUCUAUUUUCUGCGGUAGAACCAAUCACUUCAUCGCGUCAACG